AUGCUCUAUUCUCCAAAGACAUCUAACUUGCCAAAGAAUGUGGAACUUCAUCAACAGCUCUUGAUUCCACUUCAGAACGAAGAAGAAAAUUGUGAGUUGUUUAGUGGACACUGGGUUCCAGACCCAAGAGGUUCUCAAUAUACAAAUGUAAGCUGUUCAUCGAUCCCCGAAUCGAAGAAUUGCUUGAUGCAAGGAAGGCAGGACACAGAAUUUUUGCAAUGGAGGUGGAAGCCUGAUGGAUGUGAGCUUCCAAGAUUUGAUCCCAGAACAUUUUUUCAUAUUGUUCGAGGAAAGACGAUGGCAUUCAUCGGAGACUCUGUUGCUCGAAACCAUGUCGAAUCGCUUCUCUGCCUCUUGUCAUCGGAAGAAAUGCCAUUGGGCAUCUACAAGGAUACUGAAGAUCGUAAUAGAAAAUGGUAUUUUGCUCGCAGUAAUUUCACCUUAAUGGUCAUCUGGACUAGAUUCCUAGUAGUUGAUGAGGAAAGGGUGAUUAAUGGUAGCGGCACUGGUGUUUUUGACCUGCAUCUAGAUAAGAUUGACAAGAACUGGGCAGAUAAACUCCCAGAAACGGACUACGCAAUCCUAUCAGCUGCUCAUUGGUUCUUCAGGAAGAACUACUUCUACGAUAAAGGGAAGAUGAUCGGAUGCACAUUCUGCGGUGAACCAGGAAUCGAAAGCUUUGAGAUUGAUUCUGCCCUCCAGAGGGUAAUCAAAAUUGUGCUCAAUUACAUCAACAAUUGCAAAGAGUGCAAUAAUAUUUUGACUGUGUUAAGGACAUUCUCACCUGCACAUUUUGAGAAUGGAUCGUGGGAUACAGGAGGGAGCUGCAAUAGAACACAUCCAUUCAACGAAAAAGAGAUUAACUUGGCAAGUUUAGAAUGGAAACUCAGAAACAUUCAAGUAGAGGAAAUUAAAAGAGCAAGACAAGAAGCAAAGAGAACGAAAAAAUUUGAAGUUUUGGAUGUCACUAAGGCUAUGCUUAUGAGACCAGAUGGGCACCCUAAUUCCUACUGGGGUAACAAAUGGAUGAAAGGUUACAAUGACUGUGUCCAUUGGUGUAUGCCAGGCCCUAUCGAUGCAUGGAAUGAUUUCUUGAUAGCAUUGCUUAGGAGACAUGCUUAUACUGAUUUCACCAAGUCAUGA